ACAUCAUUAUUGCUUUUUUUUCUAAAUAAAACCUGCGUGACAUUUUUUUUUUUCAUUUUUUAAAGGUCCUUUUUUUCUAUUUUAUCAAAUUUAAACAGAUGCCUUCGUUACGAGUUAUCGAUACAGAAGAUCAAGUGUUAGAACCGAUUACACAAACCUUGUGUGAAAUAUGUCAAAAACAAUUCUCAAAUUAUGUUUGUCCUCGUUGUAAUCUUCGGUACUGCUCACUCGCAUGUUACAAAGAUUUACAACACGCCGAAUGCACAGAGUCAUUCUACAAAGACAGUGUCACUGCCGAGAUUCAAAAUCGAGAGUUAGAUAAAGACAGUAAAAAUAAAAUGUUGGAAAUGUUGAAACGUUUAGAAGAAGAUAACGAUCCAUCCGAUUUACUCGAUCAGGACGACAAUGACGACGAAGACCAGGAUGAGCAACACCACGCCAUGCUGGAAAGAUUUGCAAAUAUCGAUCUCGACAAUACAGAUCCAGACUUGAUCUGGGAUCUCUUAUCCGAUCAGGAACGUAAAGAAUUCGAAGGAGUCUUGAGCGAAUUACAACAUUCAGGUGAUUGGGAUAAACUCGACUUACCGACCUAUAUACCUUGGUGGAAAGAAGCCAUCUCACUCAUCCAGGACGAUGAUGAAGAAGAAGAAGAGAAAAGUAAAGUGCCUGAAUUACCAGACAGCUUACCCGAUUUUGAGAAAAUGACACAACCCGCCACACGACACAGUCCUCAUCUCGCAUGGAAUUUACUAAAUAUCUUGGCCACCUAUAGCUACUCCAUGCGACACGCCAUGGGGGAUUUACUCGAGGAUCCACAGGACACAAUUAAUAUCACCAAAGCACUCUCUGCCGACGUCCUUUAUUCAAACGCUGCAGAAUGUCCUUAUACCAGUGUCACUGACGUCGUAGGCGAUAUCGUGGAGCGCAUCAUCCAACUUGAAGAUAAAUCAGACAUUCACAAAAGAGGCAAACUUAACAAUCAUAGACGUUACGAUCUGAAAAUUUUACUGCUGCACGAUUUGCAGGAUUUAUUAAAGGAAAGUCGACGUGCCACUGCCGAUUUUUGGCAGACCCUGAAAGCAAUAGGCAAGAAGAGGAAAUCAGACAUCUUGGCAGCUCGUAAACUUUACUUUUACUUGGCCGCUGCCUGCUAUCUAGAUAAGGAUCGCAUCGACAUUUUAAAUACUGCCAUCAGUCAUGCAUUGACUCAAACCACACUCCAAAAGGAAGACUUUCAAAAAGAUUUUGAAGCGGCUCAAGAUGCCAUUCAACAACAUCAACAGCAAAAGGAAAAUGAAGCAAAAAUAAAGAUUCAGGAAAUAUAGAGGCAAAAAACAUGUCUAUUUUUCUUUUCUUUUCUUUUUUUUACUAAAGCUUGGCUUUAUUGUUUAAUCUUGAAAUGGUCUUCAUGAUGUGAGG